ACUCCGGCCGGUUCCCAGCUUUUAAACCCUCCUGAAACUCCCAUCUGGAUUAGCGUACUCGAGCGCUAUAUAUGGUGGUCCGAGUAUCUGCUAAUUGACAUUGCUAAUAUUGUUAGCUGGCUUGUUCACUAGCUUGUUUGCUUUGCUGCAUUCCUCGUGCAGCCCGGUUGUGUGCAUGCUGGUCAGUGCAUUGUACGUAGUGCUCUGCAUGUCUUGGUAGCCUGGUAGGGAGCGUGUCGUACCGGACGGGUGAGUUGGCUCGUGAUUAGUACGUUAAUGGAGCAAGGGAGGGAGGAGAUGAUGGGGAGCCUGUGCGGGAGGCGGCCGAGGGCGGAGACGCGCCACCCGGUGUACCGCGGCGUGCGGUUCCGGGCGGGGAAGUGGGUGUCGGAGAUCCGGGAGCUGCGCAAGCACAGCAGGAUCUGGCUCGGCACCUACCCGACGCCCGAGAUGGCCGCGGCGGCGUACGACGCGGCCGCAUUGGCCCUGCGUGGCGCGGGGACGGCGCUCAACUUCCCGGACGCGGCCAGGUCGCGCCCGGCGCCGGCGUCCAUGUCCGCCGACGAUGUCCGCGCUGCGGCGGCCGCUGCCGCCGCGUCCGCGAUGGGCAGCACCUGGGCUCCUCAUCGGGGCGACCAAUGCUACGGUGAUCAGCUGCCUGGAGGCGACGAGUCGAACAGGCGUGACGACGUGAUCGGCGUCGUGGACGAGGACGACGUGUUCGAGAUGCCGCGGCUGAUGGUGAGCAUGGCGGAGGGGCUGAUGAUCAGCCCGCCGGUGCUGGGCACAGCGGCGGCGGACGGUUGCUCGGCGGCGUCGUACUACGCGGAAGCUGAGGAUGAGGACGCCGUGAGCUUGUGGGAUCACUCUUGAUCGAUCACGUAAUGGAGAUAGUGGAGGAAGGUGUGACUAAGACCGAUAGGGACGCGCGCCAUGUGCCCAUGACCUCCUGGUGGUGGUGAUGUGGGAUCGCCCGUGAUGUGGACGGACGAAUGUUUGUUGCCCAAACGUAUAAUAUGUACGCUGUGUAAUGCGCCAUGUACGUAGCAUGGAUGUGAAAUGGAUGGUGGAGACACAACAUAUGGAUACAGACAUACUACUAGUUAUAGUGCCA